CUUUUGGACUCAAUACUUUGACAUUCCUUAGACACCAAAAGCUGGGGAAUGACCCUUUUGCUAAAGAAUAAACUGUUGUCUUCUACUUUGGCUUCUGAGCUCCGUUUGUGAACUUUCUUUCAGUGGUGGGAUCCACUGUCUGCAACCCCAUACCUUGCAAAAGGGAAUUGGAAGGGAGGAGCUGGGUAGAGAUGAUGGGGAAGUGGCAUGGAGGCCUUAGUCUAGGCAAGAGGUGGCAAAAAUUCAUCUGUGAGAGCCCAUUUUUCAGAGUUCAAAAUUCUGUUGGGAAAGGGCAUGAGGAUUAUGGUAAGGGUGCCAGUACUCCAUUAGGCCAUUGUGAGGAAAAUACUUUAUAGACCUUAAAGUGUUCUGUAAAUGUAAGACAACAUAGUCUUGGUUAAUAGGAUCUUUUGUAGAUUGUCAAUAGACAAGGAGAAAUAUUGAAACUGCAGGCAAGUGUUAAGUCAUCAAUUUCAUAAUUUAAUCCCUAAACCUAGCCAAAUACCACCCCUUCUUAUCCCUCUUGGUUGUUUCGAUGACUCUCCAGAAGUAUCGUCUCUGUCUCCCCUCCCCCUACUUCCUUCACAAAAAGAAAUUAAACUGGUUCCAGAAUUUUUGCCUCACAUGACUCACUAUGACAAACUGAUUCUAACCCAUUGUUUCCUAGAUUAUUUGACAGUUGGGGGCUGCCACUUAAUCCCUAAAGAAUCUCCUUUAUAUAUAUGUAGUCAUACUUUGGGCAAUGUAGCUUGGGGGAGGUGAAAUUAAGGGGUCAGUAAUUUAAAUUAGCAAAUGCUUUUCUGGGACACAGUAUGAGGAGUUAGGUAAUGUUAUUUUCAUAGUGGGCAUUACAGAUUCUUGUGAAACGAAACUAGUUUGUCAGUUGAGCUGGCAAAGAAACUAUUUAUAAAUUGUAGUUUGUAAGUAUUCAACAAUUUUUGCAAACUACUUAGGAUCUAUCUAGGAUCCUGGAGAUAGAGCUGAAAGGAACUUCAGAGGCCAUCUAGAUUAACUCCUUCAGACGAGUGGUUUGUUUAAGAAACCUCCCUGUUGGAAAGAAGUUACGAAGAAUAAAAGACACAAUUAAAGAUGACUUCAAAAGCAGCUUGGUUUCUCAUUGAAAAAAGACAACCACAUGCAGCCCCAGUACCACAGUGCCUUGGAAUGACAGGGCAUAGGAUGUCAGCUCAAGUCAUUCAUCAGGUUGAAGAGGAAUUAGAUGAAGAUGAAAAGGAGGUGAUUCUUUUCUUAUGCCGGGAUCUUGCCCCAGAUUUAACCACAAAGUUGGACUUACGGGAUCUUCUAUGCACUUUGAAUGACAAGGGCAAGCUAUCUCCUGCUGGUUUGGCAGAAUUGCUGUACAGAGUAAGGAGGUUUGACCUGCUAAAGAGGAUAAUGAAAACAGACAAAGCUUCGGUGGAAGCCAGCCUGAUCAGAUACCCCAAACUGGUUUCUGAUUAUAGGGUGUUGAUGACACAACUUAGUGAGGAUAUGGACAAAUCGGAAGUGACUUCGUUUGUUUUUCUACUAAGAGAUUACAUAGGAGGAGGGAAGCCAUACAAGAACAAGAGUUUCUUAGAUGUUGUUAUCGAAUUAGAGAAGGUAAACCUGAUUUCUCCUGACAAGUUAGAUUUACUGGAAAAAUGUCUGAAGAAUAUUCACAGGAUUGAUUUGAAGAAAAAAAUUCAGAAAUAUAAACAGUCAGCUUUGGAAGCAAACUAUGUAAAUGGAAUCCCGACUUCCCUGCCAGCUGUAAACCUGAGAGAUCCUGUUUAUGGCUUAAUGCUCAAGAAUGGGAUAAAAAAGGAAGAAAGGCCAACCUUUGGACAACGUGGAAUUUCAACUGAACCACUUAAACUAUCCAUUCAGGAAUCCAGAAAAUCCUUGCCUCAGAUGGCUGACGACAUAUACAGGCUAAGGAGUCAACCAUUGGGCGUUUGUUUAAUAAUUGAUUGCAUUGGCAAUGAUGCAGAGACACUUACGGCCACAUUUACUUCCCUGGGGUUUGAAGUUCAGUGUCACCAAUGCCUGCGCACGGAAGAAAUCCACAAGACCCUUGGCCAAGUUGCCUGUCUCACCACGCAUCAGGACUAUGACAUUUUUGUGUGUAUUGUGAUCAGUCGAGGUAACUCCGAGGGGAUUUUUGGAGUAAACCACCAGACUUACCCAGUAUUCCCUCUGCAGCAGAUCAAGAAGCCUUUCACUGGGGAUGCCUGCCCUUUUCUCUCAGGGAAACCCAAACUCUUUUUUAUUCAGAACUAUAUGGUAGCAGAAGACCAGCAAGAAUCAAAUAAUGUCUUGGAGGUGGAUGGGGAUGGCGGCAAAGGGUCUUAUCUGGGGCAGAGACCUGGAGGGUCAUCUGUGCCUCAGGAAGCCGACAUUUUUUGGAGCGUGUGCACCGUGAAUGUUUCUGUGCUGGAGAGAUACCCCAAUUCACCAUCCUUCUACCUGCGUUCCCUGUCACAGCUCCUGCGUCGACCUGAAGAGAGAAGGUGCUCGCUUUUGAGUCUCCACAUUGAUCUCAACAACAAAAUCUUUGACUGGAAUAGCAGAGUGAUUCCUGAAGAGCAGUACUCUAUCCUAUUAGAACAUACUCUGAGGAAGAAAAUUGUUCUUUCCUAAAGAUGAGAAAAAAAAAAUUUCACAUGAUAUUAACAGAUGGGACCAGAGUCCCCAAUGCAUAGUUUUCUUCAGUGCCUUGAAUGUUUUUAUGUAGUGUGGUUGCUGUGGAAUUAUGUCUCGGUCCUUGUGGGGAUGUUCCCCACUGAAAUGAUGGGAAUGAGAUCUUUGAAUCCUUAGUGUGUUUGAUCAUCUGAGACCAGAGAACCAGGGGAUAAGGGAUACAGAUUUUAAGUUUGGUCUCAGUCUGCAUUUGCUUAUCCAUUGAUCUAUUAUUAUUAUGAUUAUUAUGGUAUUAUAUUGUUAGCAAGUGAUGAUUUUUCUUUCCUUCUUGGAACUGAAAGUAGUCUAAUGUCCUAAAACAACAGUUUCUAAUUAUUUUUGUCUUUUUUCUAUGAAAAUUACCAUUUAACUAAGGGAUUGCUAGUGUGCUUCCAGGAUAUAUCUAUAGCUCAUAUCUUUGUAUAACGGUUGCAAAACUACCUUCAGAAGGCGACCAAGAAGGAUCUUCUGACCCAGCAGCCUUUGUACUAUCUCACUGAGCUCAAUGGAACCGAACUGAUAAUUGUGCUCUUAUUUCCUUUUAUCAACACAAACAUAAUCUCAAGAUUAUAUGACAUACUGACUCAUAUUUAGGCACUUUUGGGAACCUAAAAUACAGGUUAUACAUAACACCUUCUAAAAAAAUAUACAUAACUUGUCAAGAUAGUUACAAGUGGUGUACCUUUUAAUAUCUAUUUAUGUUCUUAUUUAGUUUUAUGUAAAGUCUCUUCUUGAUUUAUAUUAUUUUAAAUAUAAAAGUAGUAAUUUUCCAUGAUUAAAUUUGUAUUAAGUAUCUGCUAUGUGCUCCUCAUAACAGAAGUAGAGAACAGAGUAGACUCUGAAAACAUGUAAUUAGUUCUAAAUAAUGAUAUUUGGGGUGAAGGGAGAGGGAAUUACAAGAUGAUUUUGAGAAUGAAACCCAAAACCGAAGUAAUUUACAAAGUUUAUUAAAUCAUUCAGUAGAGGAGAGCUGAAAAAACAGUGGUCCAGUCCCCCUGAAUGUCUCAAAGUUACACAUUACAUUGGGCAAAAACUCCCCACAUUCCAUGCAUCAGUCUUCAGAUCUGCUCGAGUUUCUAGUUAGCAUAGCCUAUUCCUUAUCUGAAAAAUGCCUAUUCAUGUCCCUUGCCCAUUUAUCAAUUGGGGAAUGGCUUGCUUUUUUGUAUAAUUGUUUGAGCUCCUUAUAAAUUUAAGUAAUUAGACCUUUGUCAGAUGUUUUUGUUAUAGAUUUUUCUCCAAUUUGUUACUUCUUUUCUAAUUUUGAUUGCAUUGCUUUUGUUUGUACAAACCCCUUUUAAUUUGAUGUAAUCAACAUUAUUUAUUUUACAUUUUGUAAUUUUUUAAAACUCUUCCUUGUUCUUAAAAUAUUUCCUCUCCCAUAGAUCUGACAGGUAAACUAUUUGAUGUUCACCUAAUUUACUUAUAGUUUCCUUCUUUAUAUUCAAGUAAUUUAUCCAUUCUGAGUUUAUCUUGGUAUAGGGUGUGAGAUGUUGAUCUAAACCUAAUCUCUCCCAUACUAUUUUCUAAUUUUCCCAGCAGUUUUUGUCAAAUAGUGUAUUUUUGUCCCCAAAGCUAGGCUCUUUGGUUUUAUCAUACACUGUCUUGCUGAGGUUAUUUACCCCAAAUCUAUUCCACUGAUCUUCCCUUAUGUCUCUUAACCAGUGCCAUAUUGUUUUGAUGACCACUGCUUUAUAGUACAAUUUAAGAUUUGGUACUGCUAGGCCCACCUCCUUCGCAUUUUUCCCCCCAUUAUUUUAGCAUAGCCUAUUCCUGAGUUAAGUAUUAAACAAAUCUGAUCUCUAAAUCAGACCUGGUUUUCUUAGAUCUCCUGGGUUCUGGUCAAACAAUGCAAUCAAGUUUUCCCACAGCAGCAAAUUUAGGUUCAAUGUAAGGGGGAAAAUAAAUUCUCCAACAAUUAUUCUCUUCAAAUGGAAAGUGGGAAGGAAUGGGUUCCCCCUCACUAAUAGUCUUCAAGUGAUGGCUUGGUAUAUUGUGAAGGGAUUCAUUUUCAUUUGUGAGUUGGACUAAUGAUCUCUGGGUUUCUUGGGAAUCAACUCCAAGAAACCUCCAUUCCUUUUCCUCGCUACCAUAUAUCACUUCCUCACCUGUUCUUGCUAUGAGCAUAAUUUUCACAAGCUCUGCUCAUUCUUUACAAGUUCAAGUAAGCACUAUCAACUUCUUGGUCUUAUGAUCAGAGACAGCCCCCCCCCCCCACCCUCAAUAGUACUUGUAAAGAUUUAAUAAUGCCUCACUAUUCAGGACAGAAUAAUUCAGAAGAAAUUUCUAUAAAACUGAAGUACGAUUUUAUCAUGUCUUUUAAUUUUCUUUUAAUUGACUUUAAAUUUGAGCACUUUAAUGGAAGCAGUUCGAGGAUAAUACAUCUUUACAUGUUUGCAUAUAUCAACAUUAAAAAAACUUAUCAAAGUCAAUACUUUGGGAAAAAUAUUUUGACAUAUUUUAUGGAUUUGAUUUUGCUUGGUUUUUCUUACUUUUUCCCCUAAUGAUGAAAUGUGAUAUAUAUUAUAGAGAAUAGAUAGAUUUAGGGUACAGAAUUAAAAAUAUAAUUCUGCAUACAGCCAUUUGGGGGAUUUCUUUUCCUUAAUUAUGAAUAUUUGUUACAAGAAAUUUCUUAACUUUUGUUUCAGGAGUAAACUUUAAAUUACUCCACCCUACUUAAACCUUACUUAAGGGGAAGAUAAAGUUGUAAUCUCCUGAUUGAACAAUGAAGGUACUUAGUUCUCACCUUAUAGUGAAACUAGAACUUGAAACUAAGUCUAUUUUGUGAACUUGGAAAUUACUCCACCCUACUCAGACAGUGCCUUAAGGGAAGAUAAAGUUGUAAACUCCUGAUUGAACAAUGAAAGUCCCUAACUCAUACUUUAUAGUAAAGCUAGAACCUUAAGAUAGGUCUAUUUUUAGGUCUAAUACAAAAAGGUGUUAAGUAUCUGUAAAGGUUAAAUUAAUCGCAAAAAAGGUCAAGUAACUUACUAAAGGCAAGCUUAACAAAGAGGUGUGAAGUACUCAGAAGAUAUAAUCUAAUAGAGAAGGUGAGAACCAAAGAAGGUGAGAACUAAGAAUGGGCAGUCCUGGAAAAAAGCGUCUACUGUGAUUGGUAGAUGUGAAAAUUUAGGGGAGGUGACAUAAGAGAAAAUUUCUUUAAAAGGAAGGGGUUAAAAAGUCAGUUGAGCAAUUUGAGUUGAAUUGAGUUAGAUUCUGAAAUUGGAGUUCAGGAGAUUCAGUGGAGGACUGGAGCUUGCUUAGAGACGGUGUUGUGGUGAGUAAUAAGAUUGACUCACUCUCCCUUAGGCUCAGGGAGGCCACUUUGGCCUAGGCCUUUAACUACUGCUUGGCUCAGCCUGAGCCAGAGUAGUUUAAAUGAAUUUUCUCUCUCUCUCCUUCCCUUAAUUCCUUCUUUCUUUAUUAAUUAAAAUCUCCAUAAAUCCCAGCUGACUUGGGUAUUUUCAUAUUUGGGAAUUUCCCAUGGUGACCACUUACUUAGAUUUUAAGUCAAAACACUAAAAUUAUCCUUACAAUUUUUAGUACCUUAAUACAAAAAGAUGCUAAGUAACUAUAGAGGUUAAAUUAAUCACAAAAAGGUCAAGUAACUAAGAAAAGGUGAACUUGAACAAAGUAGUGUUAAGUAACUCAAAAGAUAUAAUCUAAUCAAAGAAGAUGAGAAUUAAAAGUAUGGGCAGUUCUGGAGAAAGCCUUUGAUGUGAUUGGUAGAUGUGAAAAUUUAGAGGAGGAGACACAAGGGUGAAAGGUCUAUAUAUAUUUCAGAUUUUUCGUCCCUGAAGGACUCUCUUUCCCUUAUUGGUGGUGGAGAGUUAGCUGAGAGCAGCGAGCUGAGCCUUUCGGCAUCUUAGUGUGGCUACAAGCUAUUGUCUGGUUUGGUGGUGAGUUUCUGGCUGAGUUUUCCUCCUUUACUUUCCAACUUUAUCCUCUUAGAAGCCUCUAAUCUUCUUUAGAGACCUAGAGGCAGGGAUUUUUAAAUUCCCCUCUGGCAUAGGCCAGGUGGGAGAAAUCCUAUAUCCCCUUCCUUCCCUCUCCUUAAUUCCUUCUCUCUAUAUUAAUUAAAUUACCAUAAAAUUCCAGACUGAUUUGGGAUUUUAUUUGGGAUUUCCCCUGGUGACCAAUUAAAUCUAGAUUUUAAGUCACAACCUUAAAAUCAUCUUUACACAGGUCGGGUAGGAGUGAGAGGGAAAGAAAAUAGGUUUCUGUUGUGUUUUUUAAAUAGUGAGAGGCAAUACUGCUGUGUUUUUUAAAUAGUGAGAGACAAUACUGCAGAUAAGAAAUGGUGCAUUCACUUUUGAUGUGGGAGCACUAUUAUUAGUUUUACAAUUAUUUUACUUUGUUAUUAAAAACAUAAUGAGAGUAAUAUUUAUAUUGUAUAUUAAAUAUUUUUAAAUAAAAUAUAUGAAUAAAACUUAACUUUUUAAAAGAGAAGUCAACUUCUCUGAAUCUUAGUUUCCUCAUUUGUAAAAUGAACUGCCAAGGACCUAGAGGUACCCCUUUCUCACUCACUGAUUCUAGCAUGUGCUGGCUCUAAGUCUAGUACACUGGCUCCAUAUAGGUGGGGUGGGGGAGUGAAGAGUCUAUACUAGAUGUUUUGUGAAGGUCUUUUCCACUGGUUUGUUACUUUAACACCGUUUUGAACUCUGAAAUCUAAAGAGCUCUCUUUUUAAUUUGUUCUUCAUAUAUUUCUAGGACAAACUACUAUAUGCAAUUAUUACUUACUGUAAGAUGACCUGAUUUCAGACAAAACAAUGUGUCUGGGGUGUAUUCAGAAAUCAAGGGCAUAACCUUAUUAAUAAUAACUUAUUACUAUCAUUUUAAAUAGUAUUGAUCUCUUUGUUUUACAUUGCCUAAACUUUCCUCUAUCCUCCAAGAGCUAUCCUGUUUUACAAAAAAAAUGUCUUUUGAAGAAAUCAAGAGAAAGAGAAAAGAAAUCAGCAAAACCAAUUAAUGGAAAAAAGUCUUAAAAUAUCUUAAAUUGUGAUUUUUAAAAUCUCUAUCUUGCUUGGUCUAGCACCCAAAAUUGUGCAUACCCACACUACACGAGCAUGUCAAUGGCAAAUCAGAAAUAACUAACUGCCCACCUGGGCUGUCCCAAGCCAAGCUUGAGCCACCAUUGGCACGCAUGAGGCGCAGGAAGUGAGGUAGAGAACAGCCUCUGGAGUUCGCUCACUUCCUGUGGACAGGGCUAGGCGCCAGUUCAUUCUAGGAGCUUGAGCAAGGAGGAGGCCCACAGGCAGCUUUUCUUCAGAUCAGUCACGUGAGUGAAGGACUGAUUCCCUUCUCUACCUUGGCCUUCCAGGCCUAAGCUCCCUCUGGCUCUGGCCAGAAGGUUGAGUUAACCUUUUUCCCUUUCCCUUUCUUUCCUUCUCUCCCUCUCCUUCUUUCUUACUCCUGUUGUAAUUAAACCACCAUAAAACUCCAUACUGGAGUGUUUCAUUUAGGAAUUUCAUAAGUGAAUUUCUUGGCUACCUUAAAUUAAUAUAUACCAGCCUUAAAAGGUGAUUUGAAUACCACACAAUGUUACAAACCCAUGAACCCCUUAGCUCUCUAAAGAAGUUGGGGGAAAGUAUUUUCUCAUAUUUUUGCUUUGGGCUGAUAAUCCUUUAAUGACAAAAUCUGUGUUAUUUAUUGUGUUUGUAAUAGGCACAUCUGAGUCCAUUUUAAAGUGGCAUAAAAGAUUGUUACAAAAAUUUUGGAACAAAAGAUCACAUUUUCUCAUUAAUUGAAGGAGAUGAGUCAGAACUUAAAUAUUAUCAGUGGAAAUCUGUAGAUUCACAAAUAUAUUCCAAACAUUGACAGUAUGUUUAUAAUAAAAAAUGUAAAUCAAA